AUGAAUCCCAGCGGCAGCUUCGAGGGCUCCUCCCCUUCAGCUGGGUGUAGAGAAGGGAAAAAGGUGAAUUUCUGCGCGGUAGCAGGUAAUCCAAGCGUCGAUGCCAAUGCGAUUCCGAGUCCGUCUGUAUUCCCUUCGUCAACUUUAUCUUCCCCUGUCCUCUCUGCCGUGGCAGGUCCGGCCGGGAGCUCUGCCAUGCCGGCACUAGGUACUCAGGAAGUCGGCGCCGGGGGGCUCGAUCUUUCUUCCCCAUGUGGCUCCGGCAGCUUUUCCUCCAAGCCGUCUGAGAAGCGGCCGACUUUCCUUCAGCCCAUUGAUGGAGAAAUUCCCCGCCCAACCUCCGCGCCACCUCAUUUGGAGAAAUCUUCUUCUACUCUCUUCGCCUUCCCCCCUAGCGGAUCAACCACCAACAGCCUAAUCGAUAUCCGCUGCGAUGAGUUGUAUCAGGAGUUCUACAGGAACCUGUCGCAGAAGAAUCCCAAGCUGCCGAAGCCUCUGGAAGAAGACCAAUCCUUCCUCGACCUUGCGUCUCAGAAGAAGGGCCGGCGGCAGAGCACGCGCACAUCCGGCUACUUCGCCGGCAACAACAGAGAUAUCCGCGCGAGCAGCUCGGGCGGGGGGUCGGGAGGUGAUGGCCUGACAUGCGUUCCUCCUUUGUCGUCCUCGUUCUCUGCAACCUCUCGGGAUAACCUGGGAACAGCGGUUCCCCAAGAAGAUGAAGAAGGGACAAGCACGGCGUCAACGGGGCUCAUCUCGUCAACUGCUGCCGCAGUGAAUGCGGCCGCCGCUCUCGCCCUGGUGGAUGAACUGCAGCACCGGCAAGAAGCCGCGAAUCUCGUCUGCUCGACCCGAGCUCUAAGUCUGGCCGUGUUGGCAGCAGCAGGAGGAGUGGCUGGCGGGGCGACAGGGGGGUCGGCAGCUAGUAGCAGAAUCGGCGCGGCAAAUGGAUCGGAAGAGACAGAACAACAUGGCGCGAGUUUAUCCGCCGCUGCCGCCGCUGCCCUCCUCCAGGACGCUCACGCUGCCUGGAAGGAGUCUGGCGGAAAUGCUGCUUUGCUACCGAUGGUACAAAAAUGGACUGAGGCGAUUCUGAACCGUUGCCCAGAUGCGCAACCUGGUGCGGCAGGCGCCGCGGGUGGACUGGCUCGGAGCCCCUCGGAUUCGUUCAAUCACGCUCUGCAGCGGCGAGCUUCACUGACUGCUGCGAGUCCGUGUUCGUCCGAGGGGGCAGCGGACAACGCAGCGGAUUCCUCGACUCUUCGAUCCUCCGAAAGGCACCGCUCGCCUCCGUCCACCGCUGCGAGUUCGCAAAAUGCUGCCGGUUUUUCGUUCCCCAUUCAGUCCGCUGUCUCCUCAACAGUUCGGGGCUGCGCCGGAGACGGCGCGGGUGUAGAACGGAGUGGCCGUGUCGAGGUCGGGGAGAAUGGCCAUGGCAGAAGUCGGAGCGACUCGCAUGACCAUGCGGCUUCCAGAAACCGUCCAAAUGGUUUUUCUUCGCUGGAUGAAGAAGGUUUCCGUCGCACGCUACAGUCGACCAUGACUGCGCCAGGAGGGGUGAUGCUCGCGUCACCCAGCGAUGUGCAGGCCCUGGUGCAUCAUGCCGCAGCUGCGCCGUCUUCGUCUCAUGCAGUGGUUAUGGCUUCAGGGCUUCCCGCCUUUCUGACGUCCCACGGGCUCUCGCCGACGGGUGCAGACAACAUGACCGCGUCAGGUGGCCAGUCCGUGCCCGCUGGUUUGGAUGACGAGCAGGUUCGCCUGGUUCUGUCCGCUGCGCAGCAACAGGAGCAGCACUUCCUCCAGGCGGUCGCUGCGCUCCGCGGGUCUCAGGCUUCCGCGCCGCCUGCUGGCGGUCCCCUGGCCGACUCGGAAUCGGUCGUUCCUGGAGCCACUGCUGUCGGGCCGGAUGCCGCCGGAGCGGGCAGCAUCGCUGGAGUUCUGCACCCUGCCCUCUCUCUAGGAGGCUCUCUUGGUGCGAAUCCGGCGGCUGCAGCGGCGCUCCUUUCUGCUAUGGCAGGCGUAGCGGGUGCUUCGUCGGCGGAUGGACCGUUGGCGCUCCAGCACCUUUCGAGUCCGGCAAUGGGGCCUCUGGGUCUGGACUCGGGCUUGGCACAUGCGGCAAAUAGCAGCGCCCCGGGUAGUGCGGGUCACGUGGGUACCGGGCCUCUCGCGCAUGCGGGUGGUAGCGCUGGCGAUGCAGGUUCAGCUGCUAUGGCGCAUGCACUCAACCUCGCAGUUCUUGGGCAGGCUUUUCACCACCGAGCCGGAGACGGUCUCGGACGGGACAGCAGCGAUGGGGACGAGGGCCGAGGACAAGGAGGUUUAGGCGUUCCGACUCCGGGCGCCAUCGCAGCGGCAGCGGCAGCAUCCGAGGUCGCUGGUAAUGCGCAGCUGCUUUCAUCAGUUUUGUAUCCACUCUUGAAUGCGCAGUCGCUUCCCUCUUUGGGUGUCCUAGGAGGCACUCCGGGGUCCUCUCCCGCCCACGCAGCUCCUCCGCCUGGCAUGGUUCUGGGCCCAAGAGACCCGCGCGGCAGCUGGCCAUGCGUGGUGGGCGCAACGCCUUCAUUAGGAGGGCACGCCAUGUAUCCAGGAGGUUUACAGCAUCAUCGCGGCCCACUAGGAAUAGGUGAUCAUGCUCUCUCCCCGGCUGCCGCUGCGCUGCUGGCCAGCGCCGCGAGAAUGUCUCAAGCGCCGCCCGGUCUGAGCAUGUCGCCACCUCAUGCGCCUAUCAUGGUCCCGCGAGGGCUCGAUGUUCACGCAGACUUUCUCCAUCAGCAGCGCACGGCUGCUGCCGUUGCAGCGCAUCAUCAAACAGCUACGGGGUCUGGCCUUCACGCCGCGGCAGGCUGGCCAGGAGUCGACGGGGCCGCUGUCUCCACGGGGACUGCGUCUCCCGCGGCUGGUGGCAGUCCACGCCCCGUAUGCGUUAUGCCAACGCAGAGCUUGCAUCCGAUUGUGCCCGAUAAUCACUUGCGUGCCGCGACUGUCCAAGCGGGUGCAGCAUUUGUCAACGCCUACCUUUCUCCUGACAAGGACAGUGCGAAGCACAAGUCGUCUGGCCUUCGGCAGGGGCCUGGCGUGAAGGUGACUAGUGCAAGAACUCGCCCGGGUCGGGCGGAAAACCGUGGAAAAGCGGAUGGCUCAGGUCCGCAGCGCGCCGGUGGACUGGGCGGUGAUGGCGCGGACGGGCACGCGAGCGCGUCUGCAAAAGCCGUCGUUGUUGCGGGGACCAGCGCCAGAGUGGGAGGGAAGAAGGGCGACUCGCCGGUCGAGGGGUCGUUCGGCAGGAACCUGGGCAGCGUGGAGUUGGUGGAGGCCGUCGCGGGCGGUGGAUCAGGAAAUGGACCGAGCUGCCCAGGGACCCUGACGGUGGCGACAGCCGAGGAUCUUGUGUUUGGAAAUAAAUACAGAGGAAACAUUGAAAUGAUUGCCCGCGACCAGAUCGGCUGCCGCAUGCUACAGCGGAAGCUUUCGGAGGCAGAUGCGGAAGAGGUGAAGACGAUCUGCCUGGAGGUGCUCGAUUGCGUCAUAGUCCUCCUGGUAGACCCCUUCGGCAAUUACCUUGUACAGAAGGUUGUAGAGGAGUGUGCAGAGCCCCAGCUUCUGCAGCUGGUCAGGAAGCUCCGCCCACGUAUCGUUGACGUCUGCUUGAGCCCGCACGGAACACGCGCUGUUCAGAAACUCAUCGAAGUCUGCGCCAAAUUGCCUGCAGCUAGCCCAUCGACGACUGAAUUGCUGGCGGCGUUGCGGCCGUCCAUCGUGUUGUUGGCGAAGGAUGCAAACGCAAAUCAUGUCGUGCAGAAGAUCCUUGCUUCGUUCUCCCCCGCGCGCUGCGACUUUGUUUUCGCCCAAGUCAAGAAGCACUGCGUGGAAAUUUCAAAGGAGCGCCACGGAUGCUGCGUCAUGCAGCGUUGCAUUGAUGCUGCGCCGCCUCAGGCUAAGACUGAGAUUCUCCAGGGGAUUGCGGCGAACGCGCUAGAACUCAUGCAGGACGCGUUUGGCAACUAUGUCGUGCAGUACGUGCUGGACCUACAGCUAGAGGGCUUCAAUGGGGCCGUCACUGAGGCGGUUCGAGGCCGCAUUCGGGAGCUGUCCAUGCAGAAGUUUUCGUCCAACGUCGUUGAAAAGUGUCUCAUGCUGGGCACUGCAGAGCAGCGCAGCUUGAUUGUUGAAGAACUGCUGGCGGAAGGCGAUGGCCUCAAAGAUAUGCUUCUCGAUUUGUAUGCGAAUUAUGUCGUUCAGCGCGCGCUAACCGUUUGCCCGCCACCGGUCCAGCAGCAGCUGCUCUCAGCCAUUCAGCCAUGUCUAUCGCAACUUCGCCAGACGCAACCAGGCACUCGCGUGGCGCACAAGCUUGUCAAGAAGUUCCCGAGCCUUUUGGUCCCUGUGUCGGCGAACUCUGUCGCGGGCGGAGAAAGUGCCGCAGGCGGUUGUCUAGAUCUGUCAAAGAAGUCGCAUCGCGGCCAGGCAAGGACUGGCACGGCGGUGAAGGGAACGGUCGCGACUUCGGCAACGGGAUUGCAACCCGCCAACCGCCGAAAGAAAUCGGAAAAACCUGAGAACGGUGAUCGGAAAGGGCAGGCUCCAGCUGCGCUGAAGCCCCGACGGAAUCGCGAAACGACAAGGGGCGGUAAAUUGGAGGCCGGGCAGUUUCAUGGUCGAGUAGGCCAUGGCGAAAACGGCACUUCUGAUUCGGUCGGUAACGGGGACAAGUAA